UUUCUUGGCCGAUCAAAUCCAGAACAGAGCUUGACGAAGAAGUUACAGAGCAGAAGAGAAAUUCAGUACAAUGGAAAGCAUCUCGCCGUCGUCCGCUCAAUUCUCUUCGCCGUCGCCUGGUGUGAACAUUGCGGAGCGAGUGCAGUGGCACUCGCCGUUGCCGUAUUUAUUCGGCGGCCUUGCAGCGAUGCUGAGCCUGAUCGCCUUUGCGCUUGUCAUUUUGGCAUGUUCUUACUGGAACCUCUCCCGGCAGGACAGAGACAGCGGCGAUUUGGAGUCCGGCGGUGGUAACGAUGCCAAAAUCGACUUGGAGACGUCACUGGAGAAGGUUAACUACGACGAGAAAGUUCUGGUUAUAAUGGCCGGACAUCAGAACCCGACGUUCAUAGCAACGCCUGUGUGCGUUAAAGUUUCGUCCUCUGAAGUUGAAGCCGCCGCUAACAGUAAAUCUGAAGAGAAAGAGACGGCGGAGAAUUCGGAGAAAUCGAACAAAGAUUGCGAUCGAGAAUCAAAUACAGCCGUUCAGGAAUCCGUCGAUGAACAAAACGAGUAAGUUCUAAAUAAAUUGUACUGAAUUGAUUUCACUGUCUCGAUCGAGAAAUUUUGCCGCCAAUUUUCUAGGGCUCGAUUCGAGCUCUGUUUUACGGCUCCUUCGUUCGAGAAAUUUGUAAAUUACAGUGAAAAUCAUAAUCCGAUAUAGAAUUGUGAAAUCUCCUCCCCGCUUGUUUGAGAUUGAAAUCACAUUCUCAAUUCGCCAUU